AUGAGAAAAUCUGAUUAUAUUACAGAAACCGAAACAGGAGAAAAAACAAUACCUUUUGAUCAGCAUUACUCAGUCACUCUCAAAAGUAGGCAAUUUAUUAAGAGAAUUUUCUUAACUUUAUACUUCCUUUGCGAAAGUGCAUUAAAUAAAGUCGAUACUAUUAUGCAUCCUCAAUUCAGAUCACAACAAAUCAAAUUACCACCAGUUAACUCACCAAUAUUUAAAGGAAUGCUUGAAAAACGCGCAAUUUUAUUUUCUCAUUAUUCUUUUCCAGAUGGAAAGAACCUCGAAGCUGCAGAAUACUUUGCCACAAAAUGGAAGGAUAAUCAAAACUUCAUCAUUUCCAAAGGAUUUCAUCCUGCAGGAUAUUAUCGACCUUUUGCAAACGCUUUAGGCUACGAAACAAAGCUCAAAUCAGUUUGUUUUGAUGAUGCGCACUUCAAGGAGUUCCCAGACUUCGUAAAUAUCCUUGCUCGAACUUCACUUUUUAUAAGUACGAUUGCUUUUGCAAAUUACAACAGUAACUUCAAUCUUGAGUUCAAUCUUAAAGAUCUCAAUGAUAUAAAUAUCCUUAAUUGGUCAAUUAUUAACUCAGACCUCAAAGUUCUUGAACAUUUCGUAGAUUCAUGUGUUUCACAAGAAUUUUCACCUCACAGACUUUGUUUUGGCCGUUCAACACUUAAUAAACAGAAUGCUGAUAAGUUCUUCCAAACAAUUUCCAAGAUAAAGAACCUUCACGCCGUGAAAAUGUUUGAAUUAAAUUUUGUUGUUCCUCAAUUCGACAUUUUACAAAAUUUCAUCAGAACAAUGACAUCUUUGGUCGAUAUAGAGAUAUCCCAUUCGAGUUACGAUGGUGGCCAGUUGUUGUAUACCAUCUGCGAAGUCGAAUCAAACAUAAUGAACAUCAAUUUGACGGAUUGCAAAUUUACUGACAUUCCGAAAUUCAAAUUGCCGAAAAACAUAUGUUCAUUCGACUUCUCGAACUCUCAUUUCCAUGGUUCAUCUCUUAGAGAUUUGAUACAAAACUGCGUUGACUCGAAAUCGGAUUCUAAAUUCGCGUUAAGAUUCAAAAACAUAAGAAUUUCUGAAUCUGACAUGUCACUUUUGCGAACAUUAAAAAUCACUGGAAAUGACAAUUUAUGUGAAUUUGAUUUCAGUGGUAAUUUCAUUCCUAAAGGCGCGUUCACUGAAUUGAUUGAUUUCUUAGAUUCCCAGAAAUCCAUGAGAUUUUUGAACCUCGAAGGAAUAACAAGUGAUGCAAUGUCAAGAGUUAUUCCAAAGAUUGCAAGAUACGUUAAGAACUCUGGUGUAGAAGCAUUGUUUAUCAAUGGACGUAUAGCUCCAAGAGAAUUCUCUUCAUUAAUGAUGACAUUACUUGAAAAGAAUUCUCUCAAACGCUUCCAUUGCACGAAUUCUGGUGCUGGAAACAUGACAAUUAAAUUAUUGACAGAAAUUGUCAAAGUUUAUCCAUUGGAAGAAAUCGCUUGUGAUGGCAUGAAACCAGACAAAACAACAGAAGAUUGUAUAUCAGAUUUAUGGUUUGCAAUUGCCAGAUCUAAAACAAUUAAGAGAUGCGAUACUCCUAAACAAGAUGUUCCUUCAAUUACAAAGAAGAAAAACGCAGAACCAUGGCAACCUUAUGUUAGUUAUCCUUACAGGAUUAAUCCAAGUGACCAAAACUUUGAGAUUCUCAAUAGAAUCAGAAUUGCUUGCGGAAUGAAUCUUAUAACAACACCACCGCUGAAAGAAGUACCUGAUUUCAAUGUCCAAGAAAUAAUAAACGAAGAAGAAGAAAAGAAAGAAGAGCUCAAAGAUGAAGAAACAACAAUGAAUUUCAUCGAAGGUGAUGAAUUAAAUCAGAGAAAUAACAACAAACCACAAAAACAGGAUGCAAUUAGUGAUGGAGACUUGGAACUUGAAAACCAGUAUUACUCUGAUUUCGAGGAAGAUGAGUUCUUACAAGCAAAUACAAGGAGAAGAAGAUCAACAGCAGUUUCUCAGAAAGUGAGCGCAUCUGAAAGUAAAAGUGACAUUUCUGUCAAACCAACUAAACAUGAUGAAAUGCCUGUAUUUUCUCCACCUGCUUCUAGUAGUAAGAAGACAGAUGCAUCACCUAAAAACUCUUCUAGCACUAUGUCAAGACCUCCUCUUUCAAAGAAAGAAGAAUCUUCAUCUUCAUCUUUAUCUGACUUUGAUUUUGCAGAAAUCCUUAGUAAAGUCGGAGCCAAACCUGGUUCUACAUCAGAUUCGUCAUCUGACAGCUCCGAUAAGGAUACUAGUACUUCUUCCCUUGAUUUGUAA